AUGACCGAAAUUCCAACCUUCCAAAAUCUCUCCCUCGAGAGACACGGAAAUGGACUGGAUCUGGAUGAAACAGAAGCAAACCCAUUCGCAAAUACAGAUGGAUUCUAUCCUCUCAUCCACACAAUCCUCGACUUCCCAUUCCCAACAAUCGCUCUCUUAACCGGACACACCUUUGGAGGUGCCUGUCCACUCGCCCUGGCCCAUGACUACCGAGUCAUGAAUUCCCGCCGCGGCUUCAUCUCUAUGCCACCUGUUAACCUGGGUCUGCACUUCGACGGGAUUGGCUCACUGCCUCGUCUCAAGCUGCGCCCGCAAAUUGCGCGCAAGAUGCUGCUUGAAGCGCAUAAGUGGACCGGACCCCAAGCAUUAGAGGAUGGGGUUGUGGAUGCUGUGGCAGAGCCGGAGGAGAUGCUGAACGUUGCGUUGGAAUUGGCGGCAAAGUGGGCGCCUAAAGCGAAGAUGGGUGUGUAUGCUUUGCUUCGCCAGGAGCUUUGGGGGGAUGCUGUGAAGAAAUUCCAGCAGAUCAGUUAUGUUCAUAGUCGGGUGACUUCGGCUCCUGCUAAGGCGAAGAUUUGA